AUGCAGUACAAUUUGAAGAGGCAGUUGAAGGAAAUGAAGGCCAUUUCCAUGUUGAAGGAGAAACAGGAGAAGAAGCUACUAGCAUUAAAGGAAGAGAAGGAGAAAAUCCCAGCUGAGACACUUGCAAAAAUACAGGAAAUCCUUAUUCCAUUCCUCCAGGAAAAAGUAUCACUGGAGGAACAACUGAGGGAGCCAAACAUAAAACAGUAUGGAAAGCAUAAGCUUCUCAGGAAGACCCAAGGCCUGGAGUCCGUUGCUUGGCUCUGUUGUCUAGAGUUCUCCCAGGGUAUCUGCAAGAAUAACCUGGAGGUGCAGAAGGAACUGUUGCAGCUCACACAGAAGUAUGUCGAGUUGGAAGCUGUUCAAAAACAGCUGAAGACACAGAAGCGUCAACUGCAGCAGAAACAGUGGUAUCUGGAAAGCUUGGUCCAGGGGAGGAAACAUCUUCAAAGACAGCAUACUCAGUGCCCAAAAGAACAGCAGGGUCCAGGGGCCUUGAGCCCUUCUCAAGGCACCAAAUAA